AUGGCCGAAGACGAUCAAAAGCUCGCCGCUGAGCAGGCGGACGUUCAGCCCACCAAUCCUGACGACGACGAUUUGGGCGACGAGGAAGAAAUCGCCGCGAUGAAGAAGCGCGUCGAGGAGAUGGAAGCCGAAGCCGCCAAGCUGCGCGAGAUGCAAGCCAGCAUCGACUCACAAUCCGAGAACUUGCGGGAAAACAAGGAAGACAUUGAUUCAAGGAGUAUCUUUGUCGGAAACGUUGACUAUGGCGCAAGCCCAGAGGAGAUCCAGGCGCACUUUCAGAGCUGUGGAUCGAUCAACCGUGUCACAAUCCUCUUGGACAAAUUCACCGGCCAUCCCAAGGGGUAUGCUUACGUAGAAUUCUCGGAGCCUCAAUUGGUCACACAAGCUUUGGUUUUGAACGACAGUCAAUUUCGAGGACGCGCUAUCAAGGUUGUGCCCAAGCGAACAAAUCUACCUGGUAUGACCCGUGGUGGUCGCGGCGGUGGCGGUGGUGGUGGUCGCGGCGGCCCACGUGGUGGCCGUGGCGGCCCUGGGUAUGGAGCACCUCCGUAUGGUGGCCGUGGUGGCUACGGUGGAGGCCCUGCUGCUGGUCCUCGUGGCGGGUUAGUCAAAGGCCGAGCUCCAGUGAAGAUCUUCCGAAUUUGCGACUGA